AUGGGGUUCACUGUUCCCAAGAGCCGACGUUUCUCACGUGAAUCCGGGGUCGCAACCGCGACCUUCGCGAGUGCAAUUGCCGGCUCUCCAUUCGCCGCCUGCCCGACCAUGUCUUCUACAACGACGACGAUGUCCCCCGCGUCGUCGAGCUCGAUCGCCGUCAAGGCCUCCUCGUCGCCUGAAACCUCUACCGAAGCGACGCUGCGUUCGCUGUACAAUCGCGCCGCCAAGGCAUUCCUCCACCGCGACGUCGCGCUGACCCAUUCCUUGCUCUCUUCCGCAUUCUCCAUCCUUUCCCCUCCUUCUUCAUACUCGGACUCGCUAGACCCCUACCGGAAGAAAUGGGAUAUACUACGCAUUACGCUUGAGACUACCAUCUACGUUGCGCCGCCCCAUGUCCUCGGCAACGAGCCGCGGACCCUGCCCUCACCAUUACGAGCGAACCUUAUGCUGUCAGCCCCUGCGCUAGUCUCACAGCUCUAUCACCGCUCUGUCCAGCUAUUUACGCCCGCACAAGCCGUCUCUCCAAACCCCGGCUUCUUGCCCGCACAGAUCCUCCUUACCUUGGUUCUGUCUGCUCUGAAGCUAUCCUGUGCAGAUGGUGGUAGGACCAUGGCCGAGGAUUGGUUGAGCAGACGGGUGGAAGUUGAUACUACUGCAUCAGAUGAAGAGGGCUAUCGCAAGGUCGUGGAGAUAUACGUCUUGGAGAUACUCCCGAGACUGGAACAAUGGGGAUACGCUCGGGAGUUUCUCGCUUGGCAAAGGGAGUUAUCCCCAGAAGUCAAGCAGGCAAGCCGCCAAUCUUCAUUAUAG